GGACAAGGCAAAGUAUCCGUCUGCCGUGGAGACAAUGGGGUUCCUGAGUGCCGUCUGGUCCUACCGCAGCCUCGUCAUCAUCACCCUGACUCCUCUGGUCCUGCUACCCCUGCCGCUGCUCAUCAACGACAAGGUGGCAGAAUGCGCAUUCACGCUGCUGGUCAUGGCUGUGUACUGGCUGACGGAGGCCAUGCCGAUCUCCGUCACCGCCCUGCUUCCUGCUCUCCUCUUCCCACUCUUUGGCAUCAUGAAGUCAUCUGAGGUGGCUUCAGUCUACUUCAAAGACUUCCACCUUCUCUUGACCGGGGUUGUGUGUUUGGCCACGUCCAUCGAGAAGUGGAACCUCCACAAGAGGAUCGCCCUGAAGCUGGUCAUCCUGGUCGGGGUCAACCCCGGAUGGUUAAUGCUGGGCUUCAUGCUCAGCUCAGCCUUCCUGUCCAUGUGGCUGAGCAACACGUCCACGGCUGCCAUGGUUAUGCCCAUCGUAGAGGCCGUCAUCCAGCAGAUUCUCAAAGCCGAGAGUCGCGUCUCCGUGCAACGUCGUCACGAGCUGGUGGGCAACUGCAACCCAGGGCUCCAGCUGGAGGAGGUCAAAGACCAGUCGAUGCAAACCAAAGAAAUCAUGAGUAACUGUGAGACGUCCAAAGCUGUCCUGUGUGCUGUUCCAGAGGAGCCCCCUCCACACACUGAGGUGUCCAUCCCCGAGCCACAGGGCCGCUACCGGAGCAGAAAAGAUCACUUGAUGUGCAAGGGUCUGUCUCUGAGUAUCGCCUACGCAUCCACGAUUGGAGGGAUCACAACCCUCACCGGGACCUCCACUAAUCUCAUCUUUGCUGAGCAGAUUAACCAGUAUUACCCAGAAUGCAACUGCGUGAACUUUGGGAACUGGUUCGUCAUGUGCUUCCCCAUCAGCAUCAUCGUGCUGCUGUUGUCCUGGGUCUGGCUCCACUGGAUGUUCCUGGGGUCUGACUUCAGGUCCCUGUUCAACUGCAGAAAGGAGAAGUCGGAGAGGGAGAAAGCGACAGCCAAAGUCAUCGAGGAAGAGUACCGCGCCUUGGGACCCAUGAGGCCCCAGGAGAUGAUAACGCUGGUCAUCUUCAUGCUGAUGGUCCUGCUGUGGUUCACCAGGAAUCCAGGCUUCAUGCCAGGCUGGGCUUCACUCUUCUCAAACUUCGAGGGCUACGCUACAGAUGCCACAGUGGCCAUCCUGCUGGGCCUGAUGCUCUACGUCAUCCCCGCACACAAGCCCACCCACCCCAAAUUCGAGACCCUCAUUUCAUGGAAGGAGUUCCAGUCCUGCAUGCCGUGGGAAAUUGGCAUCCUAGUCGGCGGAGGUUUUGCUCUUGCUGAAGGCACCAAGGUCUCCGGUCUGUCUGCGUGGGUGGGGGGCCUGCUCACCCCCCUGGGAAGCCUGCCCAGCUGGUUGAUCAUCACCAUCACCUGCAUCCUCACCACCAGCGUGACGGAGGUGGCCAGUAACCCGGCCACCAUCACCAUCUUCCUGCCUAUCCUCACUGCUCUGUCUGAAGCCAUCCAGGUGAAUCCGCUGUACAUCCUCAUACCGACGACACUCUGCACCUCCUUUGCCUUCCUCCUGCCUGUAUCUAACCCCCCCAACGCCAUCGUCUUCACCUACGGUCACAUCACCGUCAUGGAUAUGGUGAAGGCUGGACUUGGUGUGAACAUCAUUGGUGUCCUUGUGGUCUUACUGGCUGUGACAACGUGGGGAAUUCCACUGUAUGAUUUGAACAACUACCCUUCCUGGGCACCUGUUCCCGGUGCCCCAAAUUCCACAGCAGUCUGAACUUCGACAGACUCUCUGAAUUUCCACGGACUCCUCGCAUGUUUAUCUGAGUGGUCUGGUUUUGCUGUCGCACCUUCAUGAUGGGGACAUUCUUGUGAUGCUCACCAGGCUUGAGGAAAAGUGAGCCCCCACUUUUAAAGAAUCUGUGAUUGGACUUAAUAGUUCAGUCAAAAUUCCUCUUAAAUCCACCAAGGUGGACUAGCGGUCGAGAAGUUAGACUUGGGGCCGAGAGGGAUGCAGUUUCAAUUUCAGAAGGAACAGUGUCGCAGGGUCCUUGACCUGAAUCAAUACAGUGUCCAGCUGUCUAAAAAGAGGUAAAGGUGUAAAAUUGUAAAUGAUGUAAAUCACUUUUGUUACAUAUGUAUCAUAACAAUAAUAUAUAAUGGUGAUAGUCCAGCUUUUGUUUAGAAAAUCCCCUUUUCCCAAGAGACUACCAUCAGGAAAAGCAAGGGAAUACGGUUUUGAGUUCAAUGCAGUUAUGAGCCUUUUCCCGGGGCUGGGUUGCCUUUUUAUGGAAUAAAAGCGCGCAUGUUUCAGGACUGUAAUAUUACUGGGUGUAGCUGUAAGCAGAUAAUGCAACACAGAGUUGUGUACCUGCUGAUCAGGUCCCCCUGAGGGACACGAGAAGAUAUACUGCGUCUCGAGGACAUCUUACAGGCUACCUCAACAUUAAAAGCUUCGCGCGGGCAGGCCCGCAUAGAUGGGGGCGCGUCCCUGCGUGCAUGCAUGUACGUCUUCAUAGCCAGUUUUAAACCAAAACGGGAAGCUGGUAGCAGAAAGGUCUAAUCAAACACCUUGUAAUGGUUAAUGUAAAAAUCUAAUUUUAAAACUAAAUAAAUAUGUAAUAGGAUUAGUAUGGAUCCCAGAUAUAUUAUGGCAAUAUUGUAUUCGACGUAGACGAAAUAUGACGGUCCCUUACAAAAGCGGCAGGGCGCCAUCUAGUGGUUGUAGUUAUCCCAUUUAUUAAUUACUGUCGUCAUGGACUUCUUAAUGCCCAAAAAUGCCGGAUCGCUUCGCCCCGAGUCAUUCUGCUAUUCAGAAAGGUUCACGUAAUAUGUUUCAUCUGGAUUUUUACUCUACCGAUGAUCUAUGAAUGCGCUGUUCCUCAAUGAAUUUAUAGCUUAAUAUCUUAUAGCUAGUGGGGUGCUGUGAAUGAAGUUUCCAAAAAAAAUAUGUACUGUACUAAAUGUUAACGAAGUAUGUGUUAUAUCGAUUUAUUAUUGUAUAGCGAAAAUGUGUGUUUUCACUCAAUAUGUAUAAAGGCUAUUCUUUUAUCAGAAGCAUGUGUAUAUAUGACGAAUUACAAAUGCCGGUCAGCCCACGCUCCUGCGCAUUACUGAACACGAAGAGAAUAAAACGAUUUCACUAACUUUUAA